GGCGUGCAUGAGAUGAGCUGCAUGCAGUCUUUGCGGCCACAGUUUUCGCCUCCUCCUCCUCUCCUUGACACUGUCUAUCUGUCCAGUCCGGGAAUGUUGACCGCCGCGGCCUGAUCCCAGCACCGCCGAGGGUCCCCUUCGUCUCCUGACCGCCUCUCCGCGUUUGUCUCCGGGGGUCGUAGCCUGCCUCAACAACUGGUCUGGCUGUUAGGUGAGUGCACGUUGCCGGAUGAAGAGGCUGUUCUCAUGCGGAGGUUCUGCUCUGUCCAUCUCGUAUUGAAACAGAUCCAACCGAGCAAAUUGUACAAAAGAGCUGAGAAACACAAAACAUGGCUGUGGCCGGAUGUCCGGAUUAUUUUCUGCAUCAUCCAAAUUAUCAGCAAGACAAUAUAGACCGGUCCUCCAAUCACAGACAAGCUGACCUCAUUGGUCCAAGCUUCCAGCAAUCAGCCAAUCGGAGUUCUCCAAACCAUCAAGAGGAUGACGUUGAUUUAGAGGCCCUGGUGAAUGAUAUGAACUCUUCGCUGGAGAGCCUGUACUCCACCUGCAGUGGCCAGCAGACAGAGUCCACCCCACUACUGCACAAUGGACAGAUCUCCUCCUCACACCAUCACCACAAUCAUCACAUGCAACACAACCAGCCUCGGCAGGGUCAGCACUCGCACGCUCUAAGCCACGUCUCCCCGGAGCCGCCCUCCUCCUCCUCCUCGUCUGCGGACUCACCCCAAACCAGCCUGCGUCGGUCACAACCCAUGCACAUUCUCGCUGUCAGGAGGUUGCAGGAGGAGGAACAGCAGCUGAGGACAUCAUCACUCCCGGCCAUACCCAACCCUUUCCCUGAGCUCUGCAGUCCGGCAAGCUCCCCUGUCCUAAGUCCUGGGUCUCUACCUCCUGGAGAACCCUCCACUGGCAUAUAUAUUGUGAAGAUCUUCAGUGAAGACGGCAUGGGUAAAGUGGUGGAAAUCCCAGCCGAUAUGACAGCCAGGGACCUGUGCCAGCUCCUGGUUUAUAAAAGCCAUUGUGUGGACGACAACAGUUGGGCACUUGUUGAACACCACCCGCUGCUAGGGCUAGAGCGCUGUCUAGAAGACCAUGAGCUGGUGGUUCAGGUCCAGGCCUCUAUGAACAGCGACAGUAGAUUCCUCUUCAGGAAGAACUAUGCCAAAUAUGAAUUCUUCAGAAACCCCCAGACAUUUUUCCCGGAGCAAAUGGUCGCAUGGUGCCAAGAAACCAAUCGUACGAUUCCACCAUCUCAGCUCCUCCAGAACUUCCUAGCAACCAGUAGCUGUCCAGAGAUCCAGGGGUAUCUGUAUGUGAAGGAGGUGGGUAGAAAGUCAUGGAAGAAAGUUUACAUGUUCCUGCGGCGCUCAGGACUCUACUGCUCUACAAAAGGAACCUCAAAGGAGCCCAGACAUCUACAGUUUCUAGCAGACCUUGACGACAGCAACGUCUUCACUGUCAUGACGGGCAAAAAACAGCACGGGGCACCCACAGACUAUGGGUUCUGUAUCAAGCCCAAUAAAUGUCGAGGGGAGUUGAAGGAAUUGAGGAUGCUGUGUGCGGAGGAUGAACAGGGCAGGAUCUGUUGGAUGACUGCCUUCAGGCUCUUCAAGUAUGGGAUUGUGUUGUACCAGAAUUAUAAGAUUCCCCUACAAAGAAAAACCUUACUUUCACACUUCUCAACACCUGUGCGGAGUGUAUCAGAGAACUCCCUUGUGGCAAUGGAUUUCUCAGGGAGGAUAGGCAGGGUGAUUGACAAUCCUGUAGAAGCUCAGAGCGCUGCCAUGGAGGAGGGACAUGCGUGGAGGAAGAGGAGUCAACGAAUGAACGUAUUAGGCUCCCACAGUCCACUACACCACUCCUCACUAAGCUCAGUCAUCCACAUAGCUCAGUUGUGGUUCCACGGCAGGAUAACCAGAGAAGAAUCCCAUCGCAUUAUUCACCAGCAGGGACAAGUCGAUGGGUUGUUUCUGCUGAGAGUCAGUCAGAGUAACCCCAAGGCCUUUGUGCUCACAUUGUGCCAUCACCAGAAAAUCAAACAUUUCCAGAUACUACCGUGUGAAGAGGACGGCCAAGUCUUCUUCAGCCUUGACGACGGCGCCACCAAAUUCACCGACCUGAUUCAGCUGGUGGAGUUCUACCAGCUCAACAGAGGAGUGCUGCCUUCUAAACUCAAACACCCGUGCACCGUCGUGGCCUUAUGACACCUUUGGAUCAUCUGACCCCAUGACCCCUAUCACUUGACCUGACUCUGCCUAAAACAAACAAAACAACAAGAAUCUUUCUUUUGUUUUUAAUCUUUACAAGAAGCUGGUGAAUUUACUGAUGUUUCGUUGUCAUUUUAUAUUGCCGUGAGUCCGCCGGAGACUGCUGACACUUUGGAAUCCUUUUGCAUGGAUGUUUGAGGAGUCGGAUGCAAAACUUGCUCACGAGGUUCCUCAGUCAAGAAGAGAGAAGAUGGAGAUGAACACUGCCGUUUGUGUCAAUGCUGUUGCAAAAUCUUCCACAAUCUUGCUAACCAUAGUCAUUAAUAAGCUUGGACACAGUGACCCUCAAGGUUUUAUUUACUAGGUUUUCUAGUAUAGACUGUUGCCCCUUCAACUGGACAAUCAGCAGGACAGUUCAAGCUUUUGUUUGGACCACUUUUGUGCUCCCCGAGAACAAACUGUAGAGACUACAUUCUCUACAAUCUUCAUCACGCGUCCUCAAAAAUAUACUGUAGAUGGAGAAUUGAUUGUCUCUUAGUUUUGCACUCUUGGAACUGGGAGUGGCCUUAUGACGGUGCAUGACUUCUCAGCUGUCUUAACUGUGAGAUAGUGCUACCGCCCUCUAGUGUCAUAGGCAUGUAAGGACAUGUCAAAUUCAAUGUGGAUAAGAUUUGGAGGCGCCAGAAUAAGUGUUGCUUUUGAAUCAUUUUAAGUUUGCGACACAUCAGAAUUUGUCAAUUCAAAGAAGCCUGAAAAAAAUGGCAAAUGACCUGGAUCUGUUGAAACAAAGUAUUUUUCUAAUAAUCUGCAUUGUCAACCAUCACAGAAAUGCUUUUGUUCAUUUGUCACCUCAAAGGGUUUCCUUUCUUUAUGAUACUUUCAUUGCAGUUAUGUAUUGCUAUCAAUAGUCUCUUUAAUAAUAUAUUUUUUUAAAGCCCACCUUUUGCGUUCUAGAUAUUUGCACCUCUUCAUUAUUUACAUCUGCUACAAUAAGGUCAUUUUGUACUUGUUAUGCUAUUGCAUGCUCCAUAUCUUUAAAGUAUGUCCCAUUUAGCUUCAACAGCAAUUUUCUCAAACUAUGGUGUCAUUCAGGGUGAAUUAAUAAGUCAUAAAGCUAGAGGAAGUUUGCAACCAGGAAGACAGUUUUGGUGACUGUAAAGUUGGAAAGUGAAAAACGUUAACUACUUGAGAGAAAUUAUUAAAUGCACCAAGAUGCUUUAGUGUAUGUCAGUCUAAGGCAUGAUGACACCUGUUGCAAAAGAUAAAGUGGGACUAUAAAGGGUAUACAUCUUUUGUUUUCCUCACCACAGGACAGUGAAGGAUAGCCACGUAUGUUUCCUUCUGCCGUUUUUCAAGUGACAGCAAAUCAGAGGAAACAAAAAUAAUAAUCUUUGUCAGCCUAAAGACACAGUCGAUCAGGUGGGAAACCUCUGUCCUGGUUCUGGACCCUCUUUUCACCUAAGUGUCGCAUGUCCUACAAAUUGCAUCCUACUUGUACCUGUUGGAAGUUAGUGAGCUGCUGUUAGACAUAAAUGUGUCUGGAGCAUGAUUUAGUAGGCUCUGACUCCACACCGAUAGUAGACUGUGCAAUACAUUCCGCAUAAUGCUGCCUUUUUCUGCCUGGAAGUACUUGUGAACUAAUAGUAUCACAUAUGCGUCUCCUGCCCACUGCAAGCCCACCUCAUUACGAAUUCAGCCAGACUGUCUAUGAAAAAUUAGCUGUUGGCAGAAAAACUGGAAAUUCUAGGACUUCUGACUGCAAAAGUACUAAGUAAUAUAAGUGCUACAGGGCCCACAUUGAAUAUUUGAACCCAUGUCCCUUCACUUUUAUUUACUGUGUUGCCUCUAGUACAUGAUUUAUGUUUUUGAUCUACACAAAUGGGAGCAUCAGACCGAAAAUAGAGCAAGUUAAACUCUUCAGUUUGAGUGCACUGGAUAGACCUACUUUUUUGUGCCCGACAGAGCAAUUUCAGCAAAAUCUGUUGUUUUCCUAGUGCCAGCCAAGGUCAGUCAGAACAAAGUGUUUGAAUGCAUUAACUUUUGUUUAGCCAUAUCUAAGAUGCAGCUCCUGUAAUUAACUAUAGUGGAUGGAAGAUUUUAGUUUGGUUACUAUGAAUAACUUGCAUUCAAUUUCUUUUUGAAGAGAUGGGGAUACUUUUUUAGCAACUAUUGAUCAUGUUUGGCAGUAUGUCACUCAAUGGAUAACACAUGAAAGGCAAAACCCAGCAAUCUCAAAUGAUGGUAAGGCCUACAGUAGGUAGAUGCCCAAAGUUUUUGGAAGUAUUUCUGGUGAUGUUCAUACUCAGAGUCUGUCACUCCCAGUAAUUACCCUCUUUAAAAUGUCGUACCACAAACGACUGUUUUCUUUUUUUUUAGUUUGUUUUUCCCAAACUAUACAUGACAUUUUCUAAAAACUCAUGCUCACAGAGAAAAUAAAAAAUAAAUUUUAUUUAGUCCAAGAUUUGUCGGCAGCUCUGGUCAGGUCACCAGCCAGCAGACCAUUAGUCAUAUAUCUGUACGUCCCUGUGAUGCAACAUCAACAGCCAUGAUUUAAUGACCUGCAGGUUAUCUUAAGGUAUACUGAACAUAUGAGAUGCAAAAUAGCCGCACCAUAUUGAGUCUCUAUGCAUGGUCACCAUUAUUUAUCUAAGAUGCAAGUAUUGUUGCAGCAAAAUGUAUUUAUUUAUCUGGAUGUGACUGAUUACUUGAAAUUUUUAGAUAUCUUUUUCUCAGCGCUGUUCUGUUUUCUAUUGUCAUUACCAUGAAAUGAUUGAUCAGUGUGAUUUAUUAUUAUUAUUAUUAUUAUUGUAGUUAUUAUUUUUAUUGUCAUGACAUAGCAUCUAUUGUUUUUUUUUGUUUGUUUUAUUUACAAAUAUUUUUGUCAUAUUUUUUGUGGACUGAUGUUUUAAAGCACACUGCAAUCCAUAGUGUUACCAUUGUCCUUCCAAUAGAUGACAGAUGGAAUGUUUGGAAUUGAAAACAAAACAAAAAAACCCAUUUCUUUUACCCUUUUAAUUACUGUUCUCAUUUCUCCCAGAUCUAUAAAAAUAUCCGCUGUAAAGAAUUCCCACCUAUUUAUCUUAAAAAGCCUCAAGUGUUCUCGUCAUCACUCUUUUGUGGUGACCUAAACUCGGGAAAAAAAUAGGUAUGAAUUAAAGUAAAAAUGUAAGCCUCAACAUUCUCAUAAUUCAUUAUCAAACAACUUGCCAUGCAGAAAGACUUUUAGAAAAGUAGGUGUAGAUAAAAAAUCAUUUUAUGUUUGAGUUAAAUCCUCUAUUAGAUUAGAUGUUAUUAAAUAAAUGAAUAACAGCUGCCCCAAGCAUCACCACCCACAGACAGACACACAUUUAGGCACUAUAUCUUAUACCUUCAAACUGCAAUGACCAGGGAUGUGAUAAUUCCAUUUAAGUAAAACCAUACAAGAGCAACAUUGCUAGAAAGGUUACAGCAUUGACCUCCUUUCAGCAGAAUGGGUAAACUUAACUUGGUAGGGAAGCCUUUAUCAUUUGCAUGAAUGUGGAUUUUGAUUGUAUUGUGUAGAGAUUAUGUCACUGUCAAUGAGGACAUGUGGAGGAAUCAGGAUUAUGAGAAUACAUUAAUAAUUUUGUGCUUGCGGAAAGUCAUCUUAAACUAUUGGGCCCCACUGAAAGCUUGAUGCUAGCUGUUUCUAAUUUCUAAUCUAAGUUCCCUGAGUUUCAGUUCAGUCCUCCCACUCUGCACUCGUCCUCAAACUCCCAGUAUUAUCUUUUACUGACUGACGUGAAUGGUAGCCUUGAAGGUGGGAUGUGAAUUUGCAUAAAACCGGUCAUGUCCACUCACUCUCAAUGCAAUAGGCAGAAAGUAAAUUAAAUUAGUAAAUAUAUGGGGGAAAAAAUCAGGGGAUUUUGAUAUCAAUGUUUUUACACUUAACAGAAAUGAAUGUAAUUGGGUUGCUCACGGGUAAAAAAUACUUGCAACAGUAAUUGGAGAAAACCCAGUACUGUUUAAAAAGUACAGUUAACAGUCUUGCUCGUUCUGUUGUUUAAACUGUUGUUUAAACUGUUGAGAUAUAUAUAAUUACACUCAAACAUGUAAAUAAUAUAACUGACAAUGGAGCAGUGUCAGUUUAGGUACCAGCUAACUUGUAACCACAGAUGGUGCCUCUGAUGACUUAUUUGUCUCUGCACAAACCAGACCUAACAUGUGGACCAAAUGACAAACAAAGCUACCAUUCAGAGGGGAACAUUCACACUCAAACACCUUGAAAUUUGUAUUCAAUUCAAAAACAGAAAAUGGCACUCCAAAUGAUUCUGAUGAAAGGUGAUUGAGAAUGAAAGCUUGUAAUUUCCGUCAUACUUUCAGUUUACUUUUGGAGUUGAAAGUGAAUUGGCCCAGAUCCUGCAAAGAUGGAUUGAUUGAUUAUCCUCUCUACUAAUGCAUUUUCAUGAAGUCACAAUGCAAGAUACCGUGGCUGUACAAAUGAGUAAAGUAAAAAAUAUAUCUAUAUAUAAAAAUAUAAACUAUUGUGUAUUUCAGGGAAUGCAAAAGAGAAAACAGAAACGUAUCUCUUGUUCUUUAAGAGAGAGCUCCUGUAUUCAAAAUGUGCUUUGCUUCAAUCUGUAAAUAUUUGAAUGGCUUAUAAAUCUUAAUUGUAACCUUUUCAGGUAUUUUUGUACAAAUAAGGGACUGAUAUAUUCUGUUUAUUGUAAUUAGAA